AUGGACGAAGAACAGCAGGAAGCAAUGAAGGCAUCCUUAUCAGAUACGCUGCUGGAGCAUUAUAUACAGUGCAGCGCUGCUCGGAAGAGCGCAGCCAAGGAACUGUCAUCUUUCAUGUCUCGCGACACCCUUGAUCGCUACGGUUCUAUCCCUUCGGUCGGCCACCGCAUGCAAAGUGCCACCACCACGCAGCACCGUUCCUCAAGGGGAAAGUGGUCCAACGAAGCCGGGAGAAACAAUAUUGACGGCGAGCCGAUGUCCAUGCAUUGCAAUGAACAAUCAUGCUAUUCUUGUGCGGUUCAACGUUUUUCCGGCCUUGACCGGUACGCUAGCCUAACGGAAACGGACGUCUUGCCUUCUCCGACCACGGCACCGUCGACCACGCAGGAAAUACCGUCCCCAGCGUUGGCAACGUCUCCAUCAGUAGUGUCGCCACGGCCAGCAACGCUAUCACCGCUUGUACUGCCGUCGCCGCCGCCGUCACCGCCGUUGGUACCAUCUCCGCCGUUGGUACCAUCUCCGCCAGUAGUGCCAUCACCUCCCUUAAUCCCACCGCCGCCGUCGGCUGGCCAAGAUCCGCAGGUGAUAGUGGGCGAGCACCACAUAUCCAACUAUUCUCCUCCCGUUUUUAUUCAGUCGCUGCCAUGUAAUAUAAUUCCAUUGGAAACUGCAGAUGACCGCGUCCGUGCUUUUGCCGUCAUCAAAUUACAACAAGUGUUGUCGCAACCAAAGUACGAGAAGGCCACUAUGGACAGCAGCGAUCACGACGCUGCCGUGUCCACGGGCUUCGACCCUGUCGAAAAGCCAGCCACUUAUCUGAAUGAUUCUCAAGAGCACAAGAGCGAAUCAUUCACCGAAGCAGAGGUGAAUGUUUCCGCCGCUUCAAAAUCUCUCAGCUCGACAGUAUUCUCGGCAACCUCGUUGACGAACGCUGCUGCAUUCAGUAGUUUGUCAACUACAUCACUCGACAUUUCCUCUCAAAAUACAGAAAGAACCGCAUUGAAAAACGUUCCUUCUAGUAGUACAUCCACGGAACCCACAUAUUCUCCUCUCGAGUCUACCAGCGGUGACGUCGUAGAUCUGAGGAACAGGCAGAUCACUAGUUAUCCAGUAUUGGCUACAAGAAGUUCCUGGAAGGACGCGCUCGCUAUUUGGCCGAUGUCAAAAACGAGCCCUUCUGAAAUUCUUUACAGGACCUCUGACCUCAAUGCCCGUCAUUUGCUUCAUGCUAGGUCAGAUCAGUACAGAAGACGUGGACAGCGUUCCGAUGACCUCACUCCAAUUGUACUCUACGAGGCACCGGACGCAUCCCGGCUGCCAAAUGCAGCUGACCGGGAUAAACUGUCUAACGCCGUUAACGUACUUCACGAAGCCUCUGAUCGAUCACAGACCACCAAAGGAGUGACUGUUCCUUGUAACAGACCGUGCUACGUGCAUGACGGAGGGCCACAUCUCGCCGAUUCUCAUAAACCAGUUCAUUAUCACGGUUCGUUUAGCAACACCCGAAUUCGAGCUCUACCAGACACUCAGAGGGCGCUUCUACAAUCCAAUACAGGGAGAUACGACGCUGAAGCAAGCAGUAUCCUGUCUAGCCAGAUAUCAACAACGCAGCCGCUCCUUGUGAAGCCUGACGAAGGCAGGCUGUACUGUGAGCCCCAACUAAUGCUGCAAUUUUGCGUUACCCUCAAUGUCUUCCUGUUUAUCGUAUUAGUCGCUGUGGUAUUCACUUACUUGCUGUAUUCUGGCGCGUCUCCAUCUCCACACUAG